AACCCCGAUAAUUCUUUUUGUAGACGACAAUAUCCUUUGCCGUAUUUUUUAUUUUUCUACUCGUCAUUCACCAUGAAGCCGCUUAAAAAUGAGGAGUUUCAGAAUGUAUUAGAAACUAUAUUUUUGUUCUUAAAAAAUAAUAACCUCACAGAAACAGCGGAAAAACUCAGCAAAGACUGUAAUCAAAACGGUAUACACUUAACCAAUAUUUCUGGAAAGGUCCUGUACAAAUGUUCCCAUAAAGGACCAAUAAGAGAAAAGAUUAGGUCGACAGAUGAACGAAUUGUACUGUAUACUUUUUUGGAAAAAGUUGAAAAUGGCGAGGAGGGUGAUACUGUUUGUGAGAGCGAUGAUUUGCGAUAUCAAUUUCAACAACUUCAAGAAGAUUAUAAAACCCUAUUAGAUGUUACGUUCGAAUUAACGAAUUUGUUGCAAAUGAAUUUAGCAGAACAAGCUAAAAAUGUACAAUUGGUACUCACUCAGUGUGAAUUUUUACAUCCAUCAUUGUUUAAGCCCAUGAAAAUCACAAGUGGUUGCCAAAGUGACAAAAUUUCAACAUCUGAAAAAAGUUAUAUGACUUCUGAAAAGAAACAAGUACAUAAUCAAGAAGUAAACGAACAAAUUAAUGUAACAACUUCAACAGUGCCUUUAAGAUCAUCAUCAUCCCAAAAUGAAGUAAAGUACGUGCUAGAACAAAUUCUUGAAAAUGUUGUUAAAUUAGAAACGAAUAAUCAGGAAUACAAAUCAAAAAAUAACAUUCAAGAAAUGAGAUGCCUAUUAGAAGACAUCCUUGAAAAAGUAAUAACGUCUUCAAGGGAAAAUAAUACUGAUGAAACCAUAUGCCAUAAAAUCAGUGAAAAUACCGUUACCACAGAUGAAAAUUAUCUUCCGAUUCCAUUAAAUUCUGGCGAAAACAAAACAAGUUUUAUAAAUAUGGAUCAAUAUUCACUAGGUGCUAAGGUCAAAACUGCCAGUCAAAAAAUGGACCCAAAACUUACCUGCAAUAAGACUAAAGAAGAAGGGCGCCUGCAAGAAGUACCCAAUAUAAAGAUCAUGGAUGAAGCUCCUCGGAAAAGAACUAAAGAUCAAACAAAAUUCAAAUUUGCGAAACCUCAAAAAAACGCGUUGAAAUUUCCACAAACACCUUUAUGUUAUUUAGAAGUUUGUAGGAAAUUGGAUGAUGAAUCUAAGAAUGCUUGCAAAUGUAUGAAAUGUCUUCCCCAGCAAAACAGAUAUUACUGCUCGUGCUUUGAUUUGAUUUGUAAAGACUUGGACGAUAAAACGGAAAUAAUUCAAAGUGAACAAGUACCACUAUUACAAAAACUACAAGAUCAGAAACAGUUCGAAUCUAGUCAAAACAAAUCAAAACGAAAAGUACUAGAGGAUGUUUGCAACAUAUGUCGGGAAAAAAAGUGCAACUGUGCCUUUAAAUCUAGACCAAAAAUCGGAAGAUCACCGCCAACAUAGCUAGUGAAGAGUUUGUUUAUAUUUGAAUAAAAAAGUACAUUUUUGAA